CCCAACCCAUCGUAUUCCUUCUCUUUCUUCAUCGUCUUCCUUCUCCUCUCUAUCUCUGGAGGAAAAGUGCUUGCUUUUGUGGUUCUUCUCCUCUCUGGUGGCAUUUCGAAUCCUAAUUCCCACUUUAUCCUCUCUCUCUCUCUCGCGCGCGCGUAUGGGCAGUUUCCGCCUGCCUUAAGGCAAGUUUAAGACUCGGUGGGGGGCAAACCAAUCCCAACCCAAAAGAUCGCUUCGUGGAAGUCAAUGGCGUAUCUUCAGAAUCCCUCUGAGACUGACAGAAGGGACAAUUCCGUGUCUUCCAACUCCUCCCUGUGUUCUUCUUCAUCUUCCCCAUCUCUGGGCCUUCAUCAUCAGCAAGUGAAGCCUGCCAAGAAGGCGGCCAAGGGCGGGGGCGGCGGCGCCGAGAAGCGGCAGCGCGACCAGAGCAGGCACCCGGUAUACCGCGGCGUGCGGAUGCGGAAUUGGGGGAAGUGGGUUUCGGAGAUCCGGGAGCCACGUAAGAAGUCACGUAUCUGGCUGGGGACGUUCCUGACGCCGGAGAUGGCGGCGCGGGCCCACGACGUGGCCGCGCUCAGCAUCAAGGGCGCCGCCGCCAUCCUCAACUUCCCCGAGCUGGCCGCCUCCCUCCCCCGCCCCGCCACCCUCGCCCCCCGCGACAUCCAGGCGGCCGCCGUGAAGGCCGCCGCCAUGGAGCCCGCCGCUGUUCCGGAGUCUCCCGGGUCCUCGCCCCCUGCCGACGACGAGCUCGGGGAGAUCGUCGAGCUGCCGCGGCUGGACGAAUGGUUCCUCGACUCAACCGAUCCAGGCUCCGAGUUCGUCUACCACCACGACCCGCUCGACUCGUUGCUCUGCCCGGACAGCGAUCCUUACGCCGCGCCGUCGGCUCAGAUGUCAUGGUCGGACGCUUUGGUCCCAACAAACCUCGACACUCGUAUAUGGGAGUUCUGAGUCACACAAAUGUCAACCCUCUCUCUCUCUCUGUCUCCUUUCGAAUGCCCUUUCAAUUUUUCUGCAGGGCUAAAUUGCUCUUCUCUCUUCACUCUCUUGUUAGUAGCUUCAUGGAGCUCAUAAUGUCCAUGCAAUUCCAGAUCAAAUGCACAGUUGUUACUCGUUU